AUGCCGUCUGCAAGCACGCCGGAGGGCGUCUUCUCCCUCCUUGACACCGAUCUGUACAAGCUGACGAUGCAAUGCGCCGUCCUCAAAUUCUUCCCAUCGGUAGAGGUCGAAUAUGCCUUUACUAACCGAACGCCUCACAUGCGCCUCAACCGCACAGCUUUCGAGUGGCUGAAAGACCAGGUCGCAAGACUGGAGAAUAUCAGCCUGUCCAUACGGGAGCUCUCGUUCCUGCGCAAGCACUGUCCUUUCUUCACCGAAGACUACCUCGAUUAUCUGCGAAACUUCCGGCUUCAACCGGGGACUCAGGUCAAGCUUGAAUUCCGGAACGUUGAUGGUGAAUGGGGCGAUCUUGACAUCAAGGUUGCAGGCCUCUGGGUUGAGACAAUUCUCUACGAGAUCCCGCUACUAGCGUUGACAAGCGAGGCAUACUUCAAGUUUGUUGACCUUGACUGGAGUCACGAAGGACAAGAAGAGCUUGCAUACCAGAAAGGAAAUGCGCUCCUCAAAGGCGGUUGCAUGUUCUCUGACUUCGGUACGCGACGGCGACGCGACUUCCAAACACAUGAUGAGGUGAUAAAAGGUCUCAUCCGAGCGUCGGACGACAUCGCCGGACCUGGCAAGCUGACAGGAACGAGCAACGUCUAUCUUGCCAUGGAACACGGCCUCAGCCCGAUCGGAACGGUGGCGCAUGAGUGGUAUAUGGGCAUCGCGGCGAUCACGGACAAUUACCAGACUGCCAACGAGCAGGGCCUGCGCUUCUGGUAUCAGUGCUUCGGCAAAGGUGUCCUAGGUGUAGCACUGACUGACACUUUCGGGACGCCGAACUUCUUCGAAGCGUUCAAAAAGCCAGUACAGGUCCGUCGACGGUCUUCCGCCGCGUACGAUGCCGCCAAAGAUGCCGCUGCUCAGCCGUCCUUUGCUGAAGUUUUUACCGGCAUCCGACAAGACUCGGGCGAUCCCAAAGAGUACGUCAAACUGGCGAGCAACUUCUAUGAAGCGAAUGGACUGCCAAAGAAGACGAUCGUAUUCUCAGACUCCCUCAACGUCGAUUUAUGCUUCGAGUACAAGCAGGUAGCAGAAGAGCAUGGCUUCACACCAUCUUUCGGUGUCGGCACGUUCCUGACCAAUGAUUUCAGUCACAAGUCGGAUGCAGCAACAAAGUCAAAACCUCUCAACAUUGUCAUCAAGCUCUCCAAGGCCGGAGGUCAGCCCGCAAUCAAGAUCUCGGACAAUGCUGGAAAGAACACCGGAGAAGCAAGCACGGUGAGGCGUGUCAAGGACCAGUUAGGCUACAGUGAACGAGGAUGGGAAGGCGUGACUGAGCAAUCCAGAUGGUAG